UCAUUUGGAUUUAUCGAAGUUUAUCGAAGGACUUGAUGAACUAGCCUGACUACAAAAAGUUGUUUUUAAUUAUGUUCAAAGUCUAAAAUUGUACUGUCUAGAGAGCGAUAUGGUGGGAAAAUGAAAUGUGUAAUUUAUCUAGUGUAGUCACCGUUAAAAAUUUUAUUUAUUGUUAAUAGUGAACGAAUGAUGUGAUGGCACCAAAUUACAGUAAAUUAAUAAAUAAAAACAAUGCUCUUGCUGGUGCAGGUGUAUUAACUGUUGCUUGGUAUUUAGCCGCAAGAAGAAAAAAUAGGAGUUUAAAAGUUAACAGCACAAGAAAAAAAAAUGUGGAAGAGGAAGUGAAGUAUUUAAUUUCAGAGAAGAAAGAUAUAAAAGUAAAAGCUCAAGUAGAUAAACAGUUUUUCAUACAAUUAACACAAUUAUUUAAAAUUGCUGUUCCGGGAUGGGCAAGCUCAGAAAGUGGUUUGUUCCUUUUAAUUGCUCUCAGUUUGAUUUCACGAUCUAUCUGUGACCUUUGGCUUAUUGACAAUGGAACAAAAAUCGAAAGUGCAAUUAUCUCGAUGGACAAGAACCUCUUCAAGAAGCGGCUUAUCAAUUUCUUUUUAGCUAUGCCCAUAAUAUCUGUUGUUAACAAUGUCCUGAAGUAUUCAAUUGGUGCCUUAAAAAUCCAACUGCGCACAAAUAUGACGAAGAGGCUGUAUGACGAAUACCUGAAAAAUUACACUUAUUAUCGCAUAACGAACCUAGACAACCGUAUCGCCAAUGCUGAUCAGCUUUUAACUAACGAUGUGGACAAGUUCUGCGAGGGUGUAGCCGAUCUUUACUGCAACACUGCAAAACCACUAUUAGAUAUAGGUAUUUAUGUCUAUAAACUAUCUACUACCUUGGGAGGUGGAACUCCAGGUUUUAUGUUGGGUUAUCUCGUUGUUUCGGGACUACUUCUAACGCACAUACGCAAGCCAACAGCCAGAUUGACAGCUGGGGAGCAGAAACUAGAAGGAGAAUUCAGACAUAUAAAUUCCAGGCUGAUUACUCAUUCGGAGGAAGUUGCGUUUUACAAUGGCAACCAACGAGAAAAAGCCACUCUGUUAGCUAGCUACAACAAAUUGUUGAAUCACUUGAGGAAAUUCUUACGAUUCAAAGUAUUCAUGGGUAUAAUAGAUAAUCUAGUCGCAAAAUACUUUGCUAGUGUGGUGGGUUUCUGGGUGGUAUCUUUGCCAUUUCUCACUGAGAGACACAUGUUUGCCAAUGCAAAUAACAAUGAGAGGUCUCGGUUGUACUACACUUACGGCAGGAUGUUGGUGAAAUUAGCAGAAGCGAUUGGUCGUUUAGUAUUAGCGGGUCGAGAUUUGACAAGACUUGCUGGAUUCACCGCUAGAGUAACUCAGUUAAGGAACGUCUUGAAGGAAUUAAACGAAGGAAAUUAUCAAAGAACAAUGGUGGCGGGAGCAGAAAACUUGAAACCAAACGGAGGCAAGUUAAUAUUUAAGAAUAACAUUAUAAAAUUCAAUAAGGUGCCUUUGAUAACCCCCAAUGGCGACGUUCUCAUUCCCGAGUUGUCUUUCGAAAUUAAAUCUGGGAUGAACGUGUUGGUUUGCGGACCAAACGGCGCUGGUAAAUCCUCCCUAUUUAGGAUCUUAGGAGAACUGUGGCCUUUAUUCGGAGGUGAACUAACUAAACCUCCCCGUGGGAAAUUGUUUUACAUACCCCAGAGGCCUUACAUGACUCUCGGCAGUCUCAAAGACCAAUUAACUUACCCCCAUUCGGGUGCCGAAGCCGCAAGGAGAGGAACUACAAAUGAGAAACUGGAGGAAUACCUCCGUAGAGUUCAGCUGGGUUACCUCCUUGAGAGAGAAGGGGGUUUGGACGCGGUUGCCGACUGGCUGGAUAUUUUGAGUGGUGGAGAGAAACAGAGAAUAGCAAUGGCUCGGUUGUUUUAUCACCAGCCUCAGUUUGCAAUUUUAGAUGAAUGUACCAGUGCCGUUUCGGUAGACGUGGAAGGUAGCAUGUACAGAUAUUGCAGGGAUGUAGGCAUCACUCUGCUGACGGUUUCUCAUAGGAAGUCUUUGUGGCAACACCACGAAUUUGUUCUACAUUUAGAUGGUAGAGGUAGUUAUUCCUUUGAGCCUAUUGAGAAUAUUACGGAACAGUUUGGGUCAUGAUGCUGGUAAUGUGAUUUUGAAUAGGAAGAUAAAUUUAAGAAAGAAAUGCAUAUUUUGUAUGAUAUAUAUUUUACAUAGGUAUAUAUUUAUGGUUAAUUGGUUAAGAAAUAUACAUUUGUUGUAUUGAU